AUGAGGAGCCUUGUGAUCUCGACGUUUCUCCUAUCGGCCUUUGUGAGCGGUCAGGUGACUCCAGUGAUCGACCCUGCACCAUGUCCAGCGAAUUCGUCUUUCAAGACUUGCAGCUCAAUGUGCGAAUCGAAAUGCGGGGCUCUCAUGGAGGGGAUGUGCAUCGAAUCAUGUGGUCCGCCGAAAUGCCAAUGUAACUCUGGAUAUCAACGAGACACCAAUGGAGCGUGUGUGUUGCCGGAAAACUGCCAACCUCAAAUUUGCCCGGGCAAUUCGACUUGGACUACUUGCAGCUCGUAUUGUGAGCCGCAAUGCGGUGUAGAACUGAAACGGGCAUGCAUUGCAUCGUGCGGUCCAGCAGCUUGUCAAUGCAACACCGAGUACGAGAGAAAUGCCACUGGGUCUUGUGUGUUGCGUAAAGAUUGCGGGAAAAGCAAUCAAGGCAAUUGCCCUGUCGGCCAAACGUGGGCUCCAUGCGGUGCCGGUUGUGAGCCAAAAUGUGGACUACCAUGGCCAAGGGUUUGCCCAGCGAUUUGCAUGACUGAGGGAGCGUGUGUCUGCUCGAAUAACACUUUCAGAGACACGAAUGGGAAAUGCGUUCCAAGAGCCCAAUGCACAAAUACAGGUCCUCAAAAGUGCACAGCGAAAUGCUCGGCCGGUCAGAAAUGCGUCCUGCGAGAGGUUGUCUGUGUCCGUGCUCCGUGUCCACCUAUUCCCACGUGUGUCAACGAGACAGAGCCAACCGGUUGUGCGGCCGUCAGUUGCAUGGUUGGACAAGAGUGUGUUGUCGAUAAAAAUGGAAAUGGGAAAUGCCAAGUAUCCGGGGAAUCAAGUGGAAACUGCUCGAAAAACGAAUUUUUCAACUCGUGCACCGGAUGUGAGACGUAUUGUGGACAACAGGGACCAGUGAUGUGCACAAAAAUCUGCAUCACCCCAGGGAAAUGCCGUUGCAAGGAGGGUUUCUUCAGAAAUCGCCUUUCCGGGAAAUGCGUCACACAAAAUGAGUGCGAUUCGCAAACUCCACCAACCCUCACGUGUGCCACUGUGUUAUGCAUCACGAAUACGACGUGUAUCGAGACACCAAAUGGUCCAUCGUGUGUCCCGAUCAACAAUGAUAAACCAAGAAUCACUUGUGCCAAUGUGCGUUGUGCAGGACCGUGUGUCGACACUCCGACUGGACCACAUUGCCAACCGAGACCCACCGACUCGACGCCGGUCGCCUGCAAUUUGAACUGUAUCAAUGGUUUCGAGUGUGUCCUCUCACAGCCUCCACUUUGCGGCGCCAACUGCCAACAGACGCCCACUUGUAUCCCCAAAAAUAUCACUUCGUGCAAGAUGAUGAAAUGCACCAAGGAAACCCAUUGUGCGAUGGUUCAGGUCCAAUGUUUCGCUCCACCAUGUUACCCGGUUCCCGAAUGUGUCCCAAAUGAGGAUAAACCUUUGGGCCCUUGUGCGGUGACCGAUUGUCGAUCCGGAUAUGUUUGCAUUGAGGAAACGGUGAAUUGUGUAAAAGCUCCAUGCCCAGGACAAGGCGUUCACGCGAAAUGUGUGCCAACUGAACCAGAAUUGACAUGCGCCAAUGUGGAUUGCUUGUCGGGGAUGAUCUGUCAGAUGGCUGAGGUGAAUUGUACUACCGAUCCAUGCAUCCCCACUCCGCAAUGUUUCGAGCCAAACACAACGACAAUUUGCCAAAAAAACGAGGUUUAUACGGAUUGUGCGCCGACUUGCGAGGAUACUUGUCAUGGAAUAAAUGAUUGCGGAAUGACUGCCGAGGUUUGCAAGCCCGGAUGUAAAUGUGCAACGGGACGCCGUCGAAACGCCAGAGGGAGAUGCACAUUGAAGAGAAAUUGCUACUUGUAUCCCGGUUGCGACGCGAAUGAGAAGUACCAAAAGUGUGCAACUUGCGAGAAAAAGUGCGGGCAAACCGAGGAGGCUUGCUCUGUGGAUUGUCGAUACGGGUGUGGUUGUGUGGAGGGAUUCGCAAGAAGCGCCAACAAUAACACUUGUGUCCCCGAAAACCAAUGC